AUGGCCUUCUACCCCCUGCAGGUGGCCGGGCUGGUUCUCGGGUUCGUGGGCACGCUCGGGACUCUUGCCACCACCCUUCUGCCCCAGUGGCGGGUGUCGGCUUUUGUCGGCAGCAACAUCAUCGUCUUCGAGAGGAUCUGGGAAGGGCUGUGGAUGAACUGCAUCCGACAGGCCAAGGUCACCCUGCAGUGCAAGUUCUACAGCUCCUUGCUGGCCCUGCCCCCGGUCCUGGAGGCCGCCCGGGCCCUCAUGUGCGUGGCCGUGGCUCUCUCCGUGGUCGCUCUGCUCGUGGGCGUCUGUGGCAUGAAGCAGGUCCGGUGCACGGGCUCGAACCAGAGGGCCAAGGCGUACCUGCUGGGGGCGUCGGGGGUUCUGUUCAUCCUCACGGGCAUCCUGGUCCUCAUUCCGGUGUCCUGGACGGCCAACAUCAUCAUCCGGGAUUUCUACAACCCAGCCGUGCACGUGGGCCAGAAGCGGGAGCUGGGGGCGGCGCUCUUCCUGGGCUGGACCAGCGCCGCCGUCCUCUCCGUCGGGGGGGGUCUGCUCUGCGGGUUCUGCUGCUGCAACAGGAAGGAGCGGGGGCUCCGGUACCCAGCCCCCGGGUACUGUGUGCCCCCCACGGGGCCGCGCGGGGCCGGGGCCGCGGCCGUGCCCAGGAAGCCCUCCACCAGCUACGUCUAG